GGGCCGGCUCACGGGCCGGAAGAGGCGGGGGGCGCGGCGCUGGCGGCAUUAAAGCUCCGCGGCCGGCGUCGGUCGUCCCCCACCAGCCCCGUCCCGUGUUUCCCACCCCCUGCCGGCGGUGAUGGACGCGCGGGCGCGUGCCAAGCGCUACGAGAAGCUCGACUUUCUGGGGGAGGGGCAGUUCGCUACUGUGUACAAAGCACGGGAUAAGAACACCAACCGGAUCGUGGCGAUUAAAAAGAUUAAACUGGGACAUAGAUCAGAAGCUAAAGAUGGAAUCAACAGAACAGCCCUCAGAGAGAUAAAAUUGUUACAGGAGCUAAGCCAUCGAAAUAUUAUUGGCCUAAUAGAUGCAUUUGGACACAAGUCUAAUAUUAGUUUGGUGUUUGACUUUAUGGAAACGGAUCUAGAGGUUAUUAUAAAGGAUACUAGUAUUGUGUUGACACAGUCUCACAUCAAGGCAUAUAUGCUGAUGACACUUCAAGGAUUAGAAUACUUACAUCAGCACUGGAUUCUGCACAGGGAUCUUAAACCAAAUAAUUUGUUGUUAGAUGAAAACGGCGUUUUAAAAUUGGCUGAUUUUGGCCUGGCAAAAUCUUUCGGAAGCCCAAACAGAGUUUACACACACCAGGUAGUAACAAGAUGGUACCGAGCCCCAGAGCUAUUAUUUGGUGCUAGAAUGUAUGGUGUUGGUGUUGAUAUGUGGGCUGUUGGUUGUAUUUUAGCUGAAUUGCUCCUUAGGGUUCCUUUUUUGCCUGGAGACUCUGAUCUUGACCAGCUGACAAGGAUAUUUGAAACACUGGGCACUCCAACAGAAGAACAGUGGCCUGGGAUGACAACUCUUCCAGAUUACGUCACAUUUAAGUGUUUCCCUGGAAUGCCACUUCAACAUAUCUUCAGUGCAGCUGGUGAUGAUUUGCUCAAUCUUCUGCAAGGCUUAUUCACGUUUAAUCCUUGCGCUAGGAUUACGGCUACUCAGGCAUUGAAACAGAAAUAUUUCAGUAACCGACCGGGACCCACUCCAGGAAAUCAGCUACCAAGACCCAACUGCCCUGCAGAAGCUGUAAAAGAGCAACGAAAUGCACUCUUAAAUUUAAAAAGGAGAAGAACAGAAGGAAUAGAUCAAGCAGUCAUGCAUUAAGACUUUCCAAGGACACAUCCACUAUAUUGAAAACAACAUGAUGCACAGAUUGCAUGUGAAGUGUUGGAGUCUGCAAAAAGCCCCCAGUCUUCCAGGAGAAGUUACCUGAGAGCAUAUAAAUACUGUUUCCUUCACAGCCUCAAGAUUGCAGUAACGGAGGGAGAUCCAGCUGGGAAAACUAUAGCAGCCCUCCUGUCAACCUGUGGCUGUUGAACAAUUCAUAGUGCAGAUACAGGCUCAGCUCUGUUGCCUGAUUUCCAGCAUGGCUGUGUUGCAGAGUGGCUGCUGGGUAACCAAACUUCUGCAAUGGAGAGAAACAAGCGAGUAGGUGCUGUUGAUGUAGUUUAACUGCAUGUCCCCCCUAUUGUGCAGUGGAUCUCAGGGAUACCUGGUGAGCCAUUGACAUUUUCCCACCUGUGAACCGCUUUUCAGCAUUCUGUUUUCUAAAGUAUGUGGCAAAUGUAUUUGCAGAAGACUUUGAGGUUUGUAGAGGAACAGCAACUGUCUUCUUGCUCCUGUGUUACUUCAUUUUACUCCUACCUUGAGCCAAUGUGAAGUAUGCUGGCCUUGUAAGGGAGAACAGUCUCCCUGUACCCUGCUAUGUUCUGUAUUGGUUGUUGGCAGUUGAAAAUUAAAUUUAAAUUUCCUGCUAAAAUCUAAUUGAGAGUGUAGCAAAAAUGUGUAUUAAAGAACAUUAGUUACAGGAGUUUUUAUUGUCUGUGUAAUCAAUGUCAUCCUGAACGUAGGCUGGGGGAUUAAGAGAACUGCAGUCCUAUUUCUCACAGGCACAUGUACAAAAAUGUUAAUAUGCAUAGGGAAGAGAGAAUUAGGAGUACUGUAAACUGUUCUGAUUGAACUUGUCUAUGGCAGCAUUCUUACUGGACUUCAAAGCCUAGAAACCUUCAGCCCCUAGAACAGAUACUUCAUUUUUCAGUGACUAUUCUAACUAUUGGGUAUAAUAAAUAAAGUUUGCAUGGCAGUGACAAUUCUAAGUAUUUUGUCAGCUCUGCUUUGAGAGUAACGCCAUUCCUUUCUUGUCAAAUGCUGCAUGUGCCUAGGUGAUACCCUUCCCUGAAGGAAACAUUUUCCAGUAGAACAACUGAAAGAGGGUAGAUUUAGGUUAGAUAGAAGGAAGAAAUUCUUCAUUAUGAGGGCAGUGAGGCACUAGAACAGGUUGCCCAGACAAGUUGUGGGUGCCUGCUCCCAGACUGGAUGGGGCUUUGAGCAACCUGGUCUAGUGGAAGGUGUCCCUGCCUAUGGCAGUGGGGUUGGAACUAGAUGAUCUUUAAGGUACCUUCCAACCCAAACCAUUCUAUGAUUCUAAGUAGCAAUCCUCUAAGCUCCUACUGGCAAAAGUUGUAGAGUAGGUAUUGAGUUAGAUGAGCAGUCAGUGUUUGAAUGUAUAGAGAAUGGUUACUGUGCUCUGUAAGAGUGGGGUUGAAGAGACAGCGUGUUUUGUGACCAAGGCAACCGUCUUGUAUGCUUCGAGUCGUGUUUACUGCAGCAGAUGCUCAAAAAUUACUAUUUGAUAUAAGUUCAGGAGCUGUUCCCUUCCAGCUCCCACGCCGUGACUCAUUCAGCAUACUGGGUACUGCAUGUAUGGUCAGGGCCUGUUCUAUACUGUUAGGGUGUACAGUAAGUCUUGUUUUCAGCCGAGUUCAUGAAUGAAGCUCCCUGUCUGAGGGACUAAAAUUACCUUGCUCUUAAUGGUGGUGAUGUGCAUAGCUAAAGUGUAUGUGCAUCACAGAGUAAGAUAAUAUUAGAAAAAGGAUUGGCACUAUUUUUUUUCUAAUCUCAGGCUUUUGGAUAGUUUGAUUUAACUUCUGUGACUUAGGUUAGAAUUCUGGAAGGAAUAUAUUGGACUCCUAGUGAAUAUAAUUUAAUAUGCAAUCAUAUACAGUUAGUUAUCUAAAUACUGUUUGUGACUUGGUUACCUUGUAGGCUUUAUAUCAUAGUUCAGCUUUGACAGUCUGUCUUUUAUCACACCAACUCAUUGAAUAUACAGCUGCUGAAAUCUACUUGGCUUCUGUUCAGAACCGUAACAAUCAAGGAUGGCUUGUUUUGAGCCUGCAGUGUGCGUACUUGUGCAAAGGUCUAAGUUACACACGUGUGCAAGCUGGAGUAUAACCUAAAUGCCUUCUCUCUUGGGUCUUCUGCCCUUACCACCAUUUUAUCAUGAGUUACUGCUGUUUCUACCUGAAAGGUUAGUACUCUUCUGUGCAAACUUGAUGGCUUUUACUUACAGACUUAAUGGAAUUUGAGUAACUUCUAUGCAUUGUACUGAUAUUGUUUAUAUAAUUGAAUUAAAACUUUUUUUUCUUCCA